AAGCAUAUAGAAGUGAUUGCAAAUCAUCACAUGGGGAAUGGUGCUGUGAAAGUGAUAAUCUGAGUCUGUGCAGGUGCAUUAGGUAGGACUUUAUAUAGGGACAUUAAACAAUAGAAGAAGAAGAAGAAACCUCUCUUUUGGUGUCAUUCGCUCAUUUACCCCAGCUUUCGCGCAGUUCUCUCUUGGCUUCAGUGCAGUUAUUCCUGAUUUAUAUUGGGAUGAAACCCACAGCAAACAAAUGCCAGGGAAAUCAAACGACCGUGACAGAAUUCAUCCUCCUGGGAUUUGGGGAUCUCCCUGGACUUCACGUUCUUCUCUUCCUGCUGUUCCUAGUGAUCUACAUUGUGACCAUGGCUGGGAACAUUCUCAUUGUUGUGCUAGUUGUGACUGAUCGGCACCUGCACACCCCCAUGUACUUCUUCCUGGGGAACUUGUCCUGCUUGGAGACCAGCUACACCUCCACCAUGCUGCCCAGGAUGCUGGACAGUCUCCUGACUGGGGACAGAACCAUUUCUGUUCCCAGCUGCAUCAUACAAUUAUAUUUCUUUGGUUCUCUGGCAGGCACAGAAUGUUGUCUACUAUCUGUGAUGUCUUAUGAUCGGUAUUUAGCUAUAUGCAAACCUCUGCAUUAUGCAGCCCUGAUGAACGGCAGGUUGUGCCUCCAGCUAGCGGUCGGGUCAUGGAUAGGUGGAUUUGUGUCUGUUGCCUUCUUGAUAUCUGUGAUGUCACAAUUAACAUUCUGUGGCCCCAAUGAAAUUGACCAUUUCUUUUGUGAUUUUAGUCCAAUAAUGAAACUGUCCUGCAGUGACACUCACUGGCUGGAGAGUAUGAUGAUGGAAAAUCAAACCACAGUGACUGAGUUUAUUCUAUUGGGACUUUCAAAUGACUCACACCUCCAGAUUCCACUCUUCCUGGUGUUUUUAGUUAUUUACCUAAUCACUCUGGUGGGAAACAUUUUGAUCAUGCUGGUAAUAAAGGUUGAUCCUCAGCUCCACACCCCCAUGUAUUUCUUCCUGAGCAACCUAUCCUUUCUUGAUGUCUGUUACUCUUCAGUCACCGUUCCAAAGAUGCUGGAGAACUUCCUGGCAGAGCAGAAAACAAUUUCAGUCAGUGGCUGCAUUGCCCAGAUAUUCUUCUUUAUUUUCAUGGUUGGGACAGAGAUUUUUCUCCUCUCAGUGAUGGCAUAUGAUCGAUAUGCUGCCAUAUGCAAUCCUUUAAGAUACAGCACCACCAGGAGCCACCAGGUCUGUGUGAAGAUGGUGUUGGGUGCAUGGAUAUCUGGUUUCCUAGAUUCCUCGGUCAACACACUUUACCUUACCGACUUGACUUUCUGCAGUCCCCGUGAAAUUAACCAUUUCAGCUGUGAACUUCCGCUUCUCCUGCAGCUCUCCUGCACUGACACCUUUGCUAACGAGAUGGUGAUACUCUGCUUCAGCAUGACAUUAGGCUUUGCCUCUCUCCUGCUCAUCCUGACUUCAUAUAUUUGUAUCCUCUCCACCAUCCUCGGGAUCAGAUCCUCGGAGGGCAGGCGCAGAGCCUUCUCUACCUGUGCCUCACAUAUCACCAUAGUUCUGCUGUUCUGCGGGACAGCAUUCAUCAGGUACAUGAGACCUGCCUCUGGAUAUUCUUUUGCUCUUGACAAACUAGUGUCCGUGCAGUACAGCAUCUUAACGCCCGUGUUAAACCCCAUCAUCUACAGCCUGAAAAAUAAGGAUGUGAAGCUGGCUUUGAGAAAACUGUUAGGCAGAUGA